AUUUUAAAAAUUAUAAAAAUUAUUCUUCACCAUCCUCAAUUACGAUAUUCAAUACAUUAAAUAAAAUUUACACGUUUUAAUUCCAAAGAAGAAACGAAAGAAUGGGUGAGGAAUUACAAACUUAUUUUAAUAAGUUAUUAACUAGAAUAGACGGUUUGAAAGCUGUAACCGUCACGGACGGAGAUGGCGUUAUAUUAAUAAAAUCUGUAUCAAAUGAUGUAUCACCGAGAGUUCUUGAACCAGCGUUAUCAACAACAUUUUCUGUAGUAAGUGAUCAGGCAUCAAAAUUAGGUUUGAAGAAGAAUAAAUCAAUAGUGAGUUUAUUUGGCCUUUUUCAAAUUGUACAAUUUAAUCAUACGCCUUUGAUAACUACUUUGGUAGCUGAUUCGGGGUCUAAUACUGGAGUAUUAUUGGAUCUUGGAAAUGAACUAAAAGAAGUCACAGAUAUAAUUGCUUCGGCAUUAUCAGAAAGACAGGUCAUUGUUUAAAGUAAUUUAUGUAUUAACAGCUAGUUAAAUUUUACAAAUUACAUACGGGAUAAACUUUUAUAUAUAUACAAUGUAUUAUAUAUGUAAACAAUACCCCUUUUAUUUAUUAUUUACUAGGAACAAAUCAAUAAAUUGCAUUAAUAAUUUUUAUACUAUUAAAGUUCAAAAU